GCCAGUGAAACGCAAAUACAAAUAAGGAUCAUCAGGAAUCGGAGGUCUUUCACAAAACUUUAUCCAAACCGCUAUAAAACGAAUCCAAGAAAUAGUCGUCUCAACGGCGAUAACUCGAUCUAAUAUUUCACGUUCUUCAUAUCUUAUUGGGUAGAAAAAAUAGAAUUGAUCGAACGUGUAAAACUGACAUGAGAUCUCCGACUCUCUGACAUGCGUCAGGGAGAGAUCAGUUUGCUGCGAGUACGCGCCGUGCAUGGAGGGUUCCAGAGAUUGAGAUGUAUUUUUGUCCGUUUGUCAACAAUAUUAAAUUCCUUGACAAUAAUGAAAGUUAAUUAAAAAAGACGUUAUGGCUGGGCUGGGAAUCGCAACGGUUUAUACCACCUCGGUGUUGUUUUCUCUCCUUGUACUUGGAUUGUAUAUCCUUGGAGCAGCUAAAUACCUCACGAAUUUGGAAGAAAACACAUGCGAGAUGACGUAUAUAUUUGAGUAUCCACAAUAUGUUAAAAUCGCCCUUAAAGAAGAAAUCGAGGAACGUUAUCCCAGAUUCAGUUUAUAUGCUUAUGGGGAAGGUUACGUCACAGAGAAACACAGAAGAAUGAAAUUCUGGGGAAUACCAGUGCUGUUCGUUCCAGGCAAUGCUGGAUCUCAUGAACAAGUCAGAUCUCUUGCCUCUGUAAGUUUGAGAAAGGCUAUCAAGGAUCGUACUCCGUUCCAUUUUGAUUACUUCACAAUUUCUUUGAGCAAGGAUUAUUCUGCUCUUUAUGGAGGUGUACUAGAAGAUCAGACGACUUACGUUUCACUCUGUAUCGACAGAGUUCUCAGCUUAUACAAAGGAAACGUGGAUAAAAUUGUGCUAAUCGGGCAUUCUAUGGGAGGCAUUGUAGCUAGAGCAUCUUUAUUGCAACGAUCUAACAACAGCUCGGAAAAUGAAUCCGUUGCGAGUCUCCUGAUAACGCUGGCUUCGCCACAUAGACCAAUAUUUUUGCCUGACAGGACAAUCGCUCGAUAUUACGAGGAAUUGCAAAGUUCGAAGAAUCGCGAGUUCAAAGAAAUAGGCACAAGUCUCGUUUCUAUCGGCGGCGGUCGAAGGGAUAUUCUCGUCAGUACAUCUCAAACUAUUGAACCCUCCGCCGAUCUGAACGUCGUAUCCAGCGGUAUACCAAGUGUUUGGGCAUCAACUGAUCACCUUUGUAUACUUUGGUGCAAGCAACUCGUGCUGACUAUCGUCAGAGCCUUAUUUGACUGCGUUGACGUCAAUGCUCGUCCGCCAAAAAUAACUUCGGACACGAAUGUGAAAAUUCGUGCCCUUUCCUACCACUUAACGAGCCGUAUUUUGGGGAAGAAAACGCAUCCGUAUGAAAACCAGAUGAAAUUUGAAGGCGGGGGCAUAUGGACGGAAAAUAUCAGAAACCGUUAUACUUGGAGUCAUGAUGGUAAGACGGAUAAAACGACGUACGUGAUGAUUCGUGUAGGCGACGCUGCUUUGCCAUAUGAUACCAUCAGCAUUGAUACGAUUAAUCUGGAAUCACGAAAUUGGCUGUUUGCGUGUUCAGCACACGCGAUCGAAGGCAAUUCCAGAGUUUGCGAGUGGGGCUGGAACCUGACAAACCUCACGAGUUUAUCUCCAGAUCCGGUACAGCGUCGGUCUCGAAAAAGCGCUGAUAUUUCAUUGGACUAUUUGCGAAGAUGGAAAGUGAGUCACGUGGUUGUGAGAAUACCGGUGGAGGAAUUGCGCAACAGAAAAGGGAAUCCUGUCAAGAUACACGUCGAUUUGUACAGACGAGGCGACCGAACGUUUCGGACCGAAGACAAAUUGGUUGCCGGUGCAACUGGACUUUUUAGUUUACUUCCUAUUGGCAGAAUAUUGUCUCCCAACCCACACGGUAGUGUGACAACAUUGCGAGGUAGUCUUAGAUACAACGUCGUGUUAGCAGGCAUCGAGGAUGCUCUGGCCAUUGAAAUCGAAUCUUUGCUUGACGAAAACGUUUCAAAUGGACGUUCAUCUCGUUCGGAAAACGAGAGUGAAGCUCCUCAGGCAAUACUCGAACUAAUCGAGGCCUCGAACAUCAGGCAUGAAUUCUCGAGCACUAGUCAAGUUCGGACGUUAGUCGCGGAUCGUAAAAAUGACGGAAGUUUCACAAAGAAACGUCUCAUCAUGUACCUAACGAGGAAAAACGAGAACACGACGCUCAGAAUCAGUCUCGGAGCUGAAUACUCGUACAAGAUAACGAUUCGGAGGGCAGGAAUAGUUGACAGAGUCGCUUGUUCCGUUCGCGAUCGAUGGUCCACCAUUUAUCCGAUUAUUAUAUCGCUCUGUCUCCUCGGAAUAUCAAUGAGACUCGAUAAUUCUCCUAGUUCGAUGGCAAUAAGCGUUGGUAUUUUCAUCGUGGGUGCUGGGAGCCUUGAUUUUUUGUUUGAGACAUUCGUCGCUCUGGGUCUACUUCACGUUGUCGCAGUUACAGCUUGUUUUCUUAUCAUAUUUUCCGGCACAGUUACUCACAACAUUACCGCAAGGUUUUUAGCUCGGAUCGUGUCUUUGCCUAGUUUGUGGUUCGAGUGGCUCCUCGACGGAUUUAAUCGGUUGCCGAUUCUGACGACUUUUAUUUUAAUAUCGCUGACAUCAGCGACCUGUGGCGCGAUUGCAAUUCUCCUUUCAGUGCCUCUUUACUUUUUUAAACUUACAAAAAUGUGGGAAGAGUAUUUGGAGGAAUUGUUCAUGGCCUCAUUGCGUCAUUUUAUUCCACGAUUCGGCCGGGGGAAACGAAAACGAAAACGUCGAGGCACCACGACGGAUUCAUCAACCACUGAAACUGUUAAUGAAAUAAACUUCGAGAAACCGCUUCCAGUCCUCGCUCCAGAGCCAAGCAAAAUUUCCAGAGGAAUUCUCCUUAACCAUCUACUCUUAUUUGUUACAUGGAGCUUCGCAGCUAUUCCCGCAACGCCUUCAGCUCUUGUGUGGGCCAAAAAUUUCAGAUACGAAACGAGAUUAACGACGGAGGAUCCAACGAUGAUGGUUAGCUGGCUCGUUCUCACAUGCUGGGGAUCUCUGGGGCUGGUAGAAAUACCAAUUGACGAAUCUCCUCGAAUGAGUAAUCGUAGAUUAUUGUGUGCCAAUAUAUUACGUUUGUUAGCCUGGUUCAUAGCAUUUACAACGGCGCUCGAAAAUUCAGCUUAUUAUCAAUGGACGGUGCCACCUCUGGUGGCAUUCGCUGUCACUUGUCUCGCUCUUUUAUCACUACUUCCCGGGGGAUCGAAGAUUGAAAACCAGGAAAAUGAUCGAGCGAUCGAGAAUUGAUACGUCAAAAAGGAAUGAAGGAAAUAAUUGAAAUGGUUGACGCGUAAAAAAAAACAUACAAGACUGUACACAGUUUUUAAAAUAAAUUAUUUUACGUUUCA